AUUCCCUUUUCCUCUCAUUGGCGCAUGAACUCCAUCUCGAUUCGCUCCCGACCGCCAUGCCGACGUCAGCCUCACCGACGCCGCAUCAUUACAGCCGCACCGAGGACCUGAUCGGGCGGCUGAGCUCCACCAGCCCCGAGAUUCAGCUCAAGGCGCUCCGGGAGGUUAAGAACCAGAUAAUCGGGAAUCGAACUAAGAAGCUCUCGUUCCUCAAGCUCGGUGCCGUCCCCGCCGUAGUUUCGGUUCUUUCCUCUGUCACGUCCGCUCAGGUCGGCGGAGAAAUCCACGAUUCGCUCGUAAUUCAGUCCGCUACUGCGAUUGGGAGCUUUUCAUGCGGUUUUGAUGCGGGAGUUAAGGCGGUUCUCGAGGCCGGAGCUUUUCCCCUCCUUCUCUGCUUAAUUUAUCAUUCCAACGACAAGGUUGUGGAUGCUGGUGCACGGUCACUCAAGUUGAUUUAUCAGUCAAGACUGGCUCCAAAAUAUGAUUUUAUUCAAGUGGAAAAUGUGGAAUUUAUCCUUUUUCUAUUGAGCAGUGAGAAUGAAAAUGUUUCUGGACUUGGAAUUUGA